UUUGGCGUUAUCGCCUCAGAAGCGCCUCAUGCUACGCAAUUCCUCGAUAUGACAAUUGUAUGGCCAACUAUUUUGCUUCAUGCCGUCCCCUGUACAGGAGCCAUGUGAGAAACCACUCAGCAGACUCACCGUCAGUCAUGGCAUGGGUAUAGUGUGCUGCUGCUUCCAGUAACUCGCUGAGCUGUGUCAGAUAUUGGGCCAAUUACACAGGAUUACGUUUCGUAACACCAGGCAAGAGAGUAAUCCAGCUAUUUCAAGAAUGAGACAGUCCCGCCGACGGUGACCAAGCAUCGCCCAUAUGGAACUGCUCAACCCCCAGAACGUUUCGGACGGUCAGCUCGAUGAACUCGUUCUGGCUACUAACAGCUCAUCCUGGUGGCAAGCGGACGGACUCAAUGCUACUCCGUCGCUAGAACCCACUGUCCUCCCUUACUACGGCGCAGAACUGCACCAGUUCCAUCUCUGGUACACCGCUCACCUGCACGGAUACUUAAGCAUGACAGUCUGCGUGUUCGGUAUCGUCGCCAACGUUCUCAAUAUCAUCGUUUUGACCAGGAGAAACAUGGUAUCACCAACAAACGGCAUCCUCACCGGUUUAGCCGUAGCGGAUAUGCUAGUCAUCACGACAUACUUGCCUUACACGGUAUACACGCACGUACUACCACACCCUCCAGGAGGAGGCCAGUCAUUCAGCGCCGCUGUCUUCAUCCUGAUCCACGCUCAUGUCAGUAUUGUCUUCCACACUAUUUCGACUUGGCUCACGGUGACGCUGGCUGUGUGGCGCUUCCUAGCCGUCAGUUUUCCUGCCAACAGUAAGAAAUGGUGCAGCAUGGAACGUGCCCAGUGGGCCAUUGGAAGCGUUUACCUUUCAUGCGGUCUCUGCUGCCUGCCGGUCUACCUGUCCUUUACCGUGCACGAAGACACGGAAGCGCUCGUAGUGCCUUCGUAUAAAGUCGACUUCAGCAACAUCACGAAGGCGAACGACGGUCUACUGCAGACACUCAACUUUUGGACGUAUUCUGUCCUCAUGAAGUUAGUGCCCUGCAUCGCGCUUACCGGACUCAGCGUGGGUCUCAUGCGUGUGUUGUACGAAGCAAAUGCGCGCAAGAAACGACUCAAGGCGCGCGAAGACAACAACCGUACGCACGAUCGCACGACGCGGAUGCUUUUGGCUGUCCUCCUGCUCUUCCUCGUGACCGAAUUUCCGUCAGGUAUCGCGGCAUUGCUGAGCGGUAUCUUAGGAGACGACUUCUUCCAGAACGUCUACAUGAACUUUGGUGAAGUGAUGGAUAUCCUGGCGCUCUUCAAUAGCGCCGUUAACUUCGUCCUGUACUGCUCCAUGAGCAGGCAGUUCCGCAAAGCUUUUGCGGCGCUUUUUACGCCAAGGAUAGUGUCCAAGUGGUUUCCCGUUCCUACGGACCAGAACAGCACCUAUGCCACGACCUGUGUGUAAGCCUGCCUUUUCGUCAACUGCUAGAAAACGGCCGCCGCCAGUGUGUGGAUGAACUUUGCUUCGAGAUAGAAAAUAAUAGAAUACGUGUAUUUUACUGUAAGCAAAGUGGAAUAUUAUGUACGGGAAGGUUCAGUGUAUUGUAGAUGUUGUCCGCCUUUAUAACGGAACACCUCCAAAGUGCUCGACGCAGUGGAGGGCUCUGUCUCCUUGGCGUGUUUUAUUGCGCGUGAAACGAACCUGAUUUAAACGAAGGCACGGAAAACAGACUUGCGUGUACCGCGCAAUUGUACAAAGUGUGUGAGGUUGUGGGAGAAAGUGUGUUUGUGAACCAGGAUGACAAGACACAUAUGGACUAGCAAUUAGCAAGUGAACGCUUGAGAAAGUCAUUUCCAUCUCUGCGGUCGCGUUGUAAUGGAUUCGCGGAACAGUUAAGUCAGAUAUCAUUGCAGAAGCUUUACGCGAGACACUAUCGCGUUUUCUGCCGAGCUAGAACUAUAAGUGUCAUCAAGAAUGAUGGCGCCACACAGGAGGGACGGGACCACACCUCAGCUGGUCAACAUCCCCGUGCCAUUAUUACAUAUAUCGCGUUCAAGGGAUCUGUGGGCCGGAAGAAAAUAUCCCCCUCUGUGCGUAUCGCUAUUGUUGGUCUAGUUAUAUGGAACUUUCUUUAACAAUACUAGAUGUGAUUAUUUAAGUAUUCGUACUUCUGAGCUGAGAACAUAUCCCACAUGCGCUGGCGUGCGGCGGAGCUGUUCGAGGUCGCCGUGUGUUCUUCAUAAGAGAAGGGCCACGGCCUGGGGCUCCUCCGGUCAGUCCGUCCGUCAAGCCAGCCAUCAUCCGGUCCCACGAUCCAGCUAGGACGCGCAGUAAGAAACAUCAAAAAUCAUCGCUGUAAACGGGUGCGCUGCAGACGAUACUGUCGCAAUGGCAUGACAUCUCAAGUACCGUUUUGUUAGUUCCUAGAACAAAUAAUUCAUAUUCCUCAACCGCUCGAUGUUGGUGUCGUAGCCAUGAAUAUGUCUCCUGUUAUGAAAUAUAUUCAAUGUUUCUUUGGCAGAACAAGCAACUUCAAGGGACGGUCGCAUCCGUUCCAGUCGAUUUCGAAACUGUAGUGUGACCUAAUUCCUCGCGGACCACCACCACGGUAUCGAAAAUCACACGCGAAAUUCUGGUGUAGUUUCACUGUUAUUCGACGGAAUACGUGACAACAGCAGACGCCGGAUGUUGAUGGUAUGCCGGAAUUCCCUCUCAGGAAAAAACGAGAAAACGUCAUUCUGUAACCAGCUAAUGAUGGCACGCCUUUGAGAAAAGCAAUGCCGUGGCCAUGCGGGCGUCUCGUAGAGUACGGGGCGUUUGGACGGCGCCUUUCCUCCUCUGCGCGCCGCCCUCUCACUCCUUCGCUUACAGAUUGACGUCACGCCGCCGGAGGUUCUGCAGUCCCGAAGGCAGCGCUGAUCUUUAAAAUCCGUUUAAUUAAUAUUUAAGCACUUUUGAAACGAAAAAAAUAGCCAGCUAGACUGUUGGCCGAUGCCGAACACAGUGGUAUCGAUUUCAUAGAUGGGCUUCCGGAUGUCACCGUCCCUUUAAGAUACAAGUGACUAUAUUACUGACAUUGAUAUCCAGGGUAACGUAAUAUCGCUGCGAGGAAAAUAAGCCCAUAUAACACUCAGGACCAAGGGAAAAUUGUGACGGAUGAGUUCCAUUGACCGAAUUUCCACGUACUCUGAUUCGCACUUUAGCUUUCUGAAAUGACAUAAAGAGCUUCGUUAGCAUUAUUCAGUUAAUAUAUAUAUAUUAAUAAUCUUCUAUUCAAUUAUUAUCGAUUAAUCAAUCGCUGACUACCUCAUUUUUUGUGUUUUACGUUUGGCUCUUACCCUUAUGGUCUGAUGUUUUUGGGUUAAACCCGAUUCCACCCGGUUGUUCCCUCGCGAAUCAGUUUCGACCCUAUUUCUCCCGUGUAUCUGUACUACGUACACGAUUUAGAAGCAAUCAGUGCACACGUCUGAUGAACAUAUUAUCUGAGUGCAACAAGAAACUAUGCGAAGCACAUGUAAUAUUACAUCAUGUAGUGUUUGUGACUAUAAAUCGCAAGGAAUGCAUAUUUAGCCAAUAUGUGCACCUCUAACAAUGGCCGCUUGCUGGCAGAAGGAAAAAAGUAAUCCGUGAUAACACUGGAUUGUAUCAAUAGCACCCGAUUUCUCCCCAAAUUCCAGAUUUCAAAAUAGUACCCGAUUUUUCCUUACCGAAUCCGGGAAAGACAUUUAACCUGAAAAAGUCAGACCCAUACACUGUUAAAUGACUGUGCUGCUUAGGAUAUGCUCGAAUUUCAUCCUACAUUCACUGCUUCAAACGGUGUUUGGCCUUUCCUUUCCUGCUCAAUGUGUUUUGCUUAGUGUUUGCCGUAAGGACGUACAGCGGGAAAACGAUAAAAUGUUCAAUUCGAUUGAAUUAAAUUGCAAAGCAAAAGUUAUGUUCUUGCGGUCGAAAAAUAGCAAGCCUAGUGUGUGCAUCGUGCUAGUGCCGAAGCUAUGGGAGAUAUUGCUAUUUAUGUUGUUUGUAGUAGCCUUUUAAAGCUAAAAUGCUUAAUCCGCAAUUAAAUAUUUUCUGUUGCAUCGUAGAGAUUAACAGUGCCUCCUUAUAGCAGUCAAAUAUUAUACGAAUCAAGGUUGUAAAUCAUGACAAAAUAAUACAGCAGUCAAGCAAAAGUUCCCGUUCUUUCGUCAAGAAAUGUACGGUUCCUGGAAGGCUACUGUUCCAGGGUUCAUAAUGAAAAACUUGUCUGGAGAUUAGCUGAAAAUUGAAUAAAUUGGUUUUUCCGUUUUCUA